GGAGAAAAAGCAUGGACGGGCGGUGUGCGACGGUGUUUGCAGCCGCUGCGGCGAUUGGUGCAAGUUUUUACGUAUUUUUGGCACCUGAUGGAAAGGAAAAGAAAAAAUCCAGGCGGGAUCGCCCUCCCGGUCUUGUGAAUCUUGGCAAUACUUGUUUUAUGAACUCUAUAUUACAGGGAAUUGCAUUCUUGCCAUCAUUUGUGGCAUGGUUAAAAGAUUUUUCUGUCGAUGAUGAUGGCAAAGCUUUCUCCAGUUUAGGAAAAGAGUUGAAAACACUAGUUACUGCUCUCAAUGCUGGCUGUUUGGAUGGGGAUGAUGUCAUUAAUCCUGAUUUCCUGUUAAAUACCCUUGUGUCACAUGGCUGGGUCAUACCUGCUGACCAGCAGGAUGCCCAUGAGUUCUUUCAUAUACUUUCUUCAACUCUUAAUGAUGAAAUGGGUGAUCUUCCCAGCAUGAUGGAUCUCAGUGAUAUCGCAAUUGUAGAGAAAACUGAUGAUUCAAUAAAUGACGGCAAAUCCAUGGUACACAGAAACAAAGUCCCUCUCCCUAAAGAAUGUAAAAAACUUCAUUUGCCAUUUCAUGGCUUGUUAGCAAGUCAGUUGGUUUGUAAGCAGUGUGGAACCAAGUGUCCCGUCAAGUUUGACAGUUAUGACAGCCUAUCGCUCAGUCUACCAACAACUUUCCAGAAGGGCUUGAGGUUAGAGGAUCUUUUGGGCAGAUUUGUGUGUUCAGAGACCGUGGAUGCUGUGGAAUGUCAUGGAUGUCGACAAAGGCAAAACACAGAUGACUUAACCAGCUCUAUUCGGACAACUUUUAUUAAGCGGCUUACUCUUGGAAAAUUGCCGCAAUGUCUUUGCAUCCACAUACAAAGGACGUAUUGGCAUUCUAAUGGGAUUCCAUUAAAAAAUAACUCAUUCAUUAAGUUUCCAGAGUUCCUUGACAUGAAGCCCUUUUUAUAUGAGCCCUUGGACUCAAACCAUUUCCCAAAAAAUGACCAAGGGAAGGAACAUCCCAGGAAGAAGUUGAGUUCACUGACAAAUGAAGGCCUUCAACUGUUGACAGCUGAUGGAGGAGAUUUUAACGAUUAUUUGGAUGAACUGGUCACAUCCUUUGCAAAAUCAGGCAAAAAGAGUACAGGCCAGGCAAUUUUCAAGCUGAUGGCAGUCAUUGUUCAUGUGGGAACUGUUGAUGAUGGUCAUUACGUUACUUAUCGCAGAUUUGAAAUGCCACAGCAGGGCAAUGAGCAGGGCUCAAAAUGGCUCUACACAUCUGAUGAACUAGUUGAGGUGACAUCACGAGAUCAAGCUUUAUCAAGUUGUGCUUACAUGCUUUUCUACGAGCGGACUACUAGAUAGCAUGAUAUUUGUCAUCUCGAUCAAAAGGUGAAAUGCUUGGUCAGCUAGAUGUUGUGCUUCAGAGGAAAUGACCUGAAUGCCACCAAGGAUAGUUUAAAAACUUUAAUGGGUACACAAGACAAUCUGUUAAAUUAUCUAAUUACUAUUGACAGGUAUUUUUAAAGUUUCCCAUAACAAACUGUAUCCAAUAUGUUUUAAACUACAAACAGUGUAUCAUACAGGUCUAAUUCUUUAAAAGGUUUGCGGCUAACGAUGAAAAAUUUCCCCAUUGCACACAAUGGGAUUUCAAAGAAUGACACUGAUAUUUGGCACUCUGUCUUGUUUCUACAAAGGUAAAUCACACAGUCUAUAUGUAAUUAACUUGUGAUAUGUUUCCAAACAAAAGGAAAAAAAGGUAGAAUAAUAACAUAGCCCGAUUGUCAUUUGAGAAGCUCUAGAGCAAACAUGGACUAAAGAAGCUUUUUGUUAUUUCCACAAUGAAGCCAUAAACAUAGUUGAUUUCCUCUUUAAUUCAGUAAAAGUAAACAGAUAUUUUAGGAAAUUUUUAUCUAAAACAGGUAGCAAAUGGAUGAAUUAAUGCAAAUGAAAUUGGCAUGAUCUCCAAA